AUGGCAACCUCGCCGCCGGCCUCGCCGAUGCCGGUGCCUCCGCGGCCCCUGAGCGCCGUCGCCCGGCCCGCACCGAGGAGCGCCAGCAGGAUGAGCGUCAGCGGCAGGCCGGGAGGCGGCAGUCGCGCUUCCGAUGAGGACGGUCGGACCGCCGUCAGGGUGGCCGUCCGGAUACGACCGCCUCUGCACGCCGCCGACCCGGGAUACGACCUCAUCCCCCAGCGCUUUCGCCGCUCGACGAUCCAGGUCACGUCCGAGACGAGCCUCUCGGUCGACUCGCCCCAGGGCCGCAAGCUCUUCGUCUUCGACCGCGUCUUCGACCCCGCCGUGACCCAGGACGACCUCUGGCGCUACCUCGAGGAAUCCGUCACCGCCUUCACCCAAGGCUACAACGUCUCCAUGCUCGCCUACGGCCAGUCCGGCGCCGGCAAGUCGUACACCAUGGGCACCUCGGGCCCCGUCGAGCAGCAGGACGACCAGAUGCGUGGUCCGUACUCCCCGUCCCCCGAUGACCCCGCCUCGUGCCUCGUCGCUCACCUCCCCGUCUCCCCCCCUCCAGGCGUGAUCCCUCGAGCCGCCGCCGGCCUCUUCGAAAAGCUCCAGCGGCCGCUCGAGAGCGACAAGUCGGGCUCGGAUCCGAUCAGAGCGUCGAGUGCCAUGUCGCAGCUCCGCACCCCGCGCGGCCGAGGCCAGCGGAGCCUCCCCGACGACCAAGCCUGGUCCCUCAAGGCUACCUACGUCGAAAUCUACAACGAGACGCUGCGCGACCUCCUCGUCCCCGAAUCCGUCCCGCCCCACGAGCGCGCCAACGUCGCCAUCCGCGAGGACGUCAAGGGCAACAUCAUCCUCACCGGCCUGCGCGAGGUCGACGUUCGCUCCGUCGACGAUCUCAUGGGUGCCCUCAACUUCGGCUCCACCAUCCGCCAGACGGACGCGACGGCCGUCAACGCCAAGUCGUCCCGCUCCCACGCCAUCUUCUCCCUCCAGCUUGUCCAGCGCAGGAGCGCGCCGUCGACGGCCCGCAGGGCCGACAAGCGCUUCUCCGUCCCCCUCGAGGCCAUGACCGGCCAGGACGCCUCCGUCACCACCGACAGCAAGCUGCACUUUGUCGACCUCGCCGGCAGCGAGAGGCUCAAGAACACGGGCGCCCAGGGCGAGCGCGCGCGGGAGGGCAUCUCCAUCAACGCCGGCCUCGCCUCGCUCGGCAAGGUCAUCAGCCAGCUCUCGUCGCGCCAGGCCGGCUCGCACGUCUCCUACCGCGACUCCAAGCUCACCCGCAUCCUCCAGGACUCGCUCGGCGGCAACGCCAUCACCUACAUGAUCGCCUGCGUCACGCCCGCCGAGUUUCACCUGAGCGAGACGCUCAACACCGUCCAGUACGCCCAGCGCGCCCGCGCCAUCCAGUCGAAGCCGCAGAUCCAGCGGGUCGAGGAGGGCGACGGGGGCGCCGUCGUCGAGCGGCUGCGUGCCGAGGUCAACUUUUUGCGAGAGCAAAUCCGCAGCGCCGCCGCCGCCGCCGCCGACGGCCCGAGACGAGAGGCCGCCCUCUCCGACGACAGACCCGACAGGCAGAGCGGGCGCGAGGCCGAGCUUCAGAACCGGCUCCUCGACUCGCAGGAAAACUACAGCAACCUCAGCCAGAGGCACGCGAGGCUCAUCUCCGAGAUGGCCAAGGCGAGGGAGCCCGAGCCCGAGGACGGAGCCGAGGACGGCGACAGCGCCACCGACCGCCUGAACCGCUCCAACUCGUUUGCCCAGGCCGUCGAGCAGGUCGUCCUUGAGUAUGAGAAGACGAUCCAGUCCCUCGAGCAGUCCCUCUCCGACACGCGCACCACCCUGUCGAGCACCGAGGCCGGCCUGCUCGAGAAGGAGACGAGGUGCGCCUACGCCGAGACCAUCAACGGCCAGCUCCAGGCCCGGCUGCACAAGCUCAUGGAUCGCGAAUCGAGCACGGAAAACUACCUGCACGACCUCGAGGAGAAGCUCGACGGCCACACGAGCGGCGAGGAGAAGAACGCGACCAUCAUCCAAGAGCUCCGGAGGGAGAUUGCGAGGGUGCGCGAGAACGAAGCCGCGUGCGAGGACUACAUCUCGACGCUCGAGGAGAGGUUGGCCGAGGCCGACCAGGACGCCGAGCUGAUGCAGCGCGAGGUCGACCGGCUCGAGCAGGUCGUCGAGCGUCAGCGAAGCCUGGGCAAGCUCGACGCCCUGCUUCACGAGCUCGACAACGUCGGCGACGCCAAGAUGCCGGCGCACGAGGAUGCGAGCGCCGUGCUCGGCCGAAAUCUCCCCGGCCGCUCGCGAAGCCGAUCGAACCUCGACCGCCGAAGCCAGCUUGGAGACGCCGCCCUCGCGCACGACGAGCACGAGACCGACGAGCACGAGGCCAACGAGAAAGAGGCCGACGAGCACGAGGCCGACGAGCACGAGGCCGACGAGCACGAGGCCGACGAGCACGAGGCCGACGAGCACGAGGCCGACGAGCACGAGGCCGACGAGCACGAGGCCGACGAGCACGAGGCCGACGAGCACAAGGCCGACGAGGCCGAACCCGCGUCGGCUCGGGAGGCCUUUGGCGAUGGAGAUGGACCGACAGCCCACGUCGAUGGCCGCACCGCCAGCGGCCAUGCCUCUCCGUCCUCGGCCCGGGGCCGACGCGUCACGGACAAGCUCGAGAGCGUCCACCAGGAGCUCGCCGAUCUCCGUCUCGAGCACGAGACGACCCUCUACGACUUCAACGAGCUGCACGCCAAGUACGAAAGGGCUCAACGUGCCCUCGCGAAAAUGCGGCGCGCCGCCGACGAACGUGGCCAUGCUUCGCGCGCCCCCGAGUCGGUCGCAUCCGUCGAUUCGCGCGCGCACAGCCGACGCGACUCGUGCUCCUCCGACGCCAAGUUCGUCGACGCCAAGGAAGACCCUCGAUCCUCGACGUCGCGCUCCCUGUCCUCGGAACUGUCCGUCGCCCUCGAUUCCGCCGCCACGGCGGACACGUCCCACGCCUCGGCCGCGGCCGACGACGAGGCGACGACGACGAAGCCGGCGUCGUCCAGCCUCGACGUCGCCGGGGCCCGAGACGACAACUUGGCGCGGGAAAUCGACCGGCUGCAAACCUUGGCGCGGGAACGGGAGGCGGCGGAGAAGAUGCUCGCCAACAAGUACGCCGAGCUCCAGUCGAAGCACAGCGAGACGCUCGACAUGGUCGAGGAGCUGAAGACGGAAAUGUCCAAGGCGAGGGCCGUCGAGGCCACUUCGCCGCGGCAGUCGACGCCCGUCAUACGGCGCAAGUCGAGCCAGAACAUCAUGAUCAUCGACCGCGCGCAGCGCUCCCUCGCGUCGCUGCGCAACAUUGCCGCCGAGAACUUCAAGGAUCGGCCCGAGGCGAUGCAGAGCUUCGAGCUGAACCUCAAUGCCGCCACGCACGAGCUCUACUCCCGCAGCGGUCGAAUCCAGGAGCUCGAGGCCGACGUCGCGGCGGCCAAGAAGGAGAUGGAGACGAAGAUGACCAUCAUCUCGGGCCUCGCCCGCGAGCGCUCGAGCCUCAAGGCGAGCCCCAUGGACAUGUCCAUGGUCGCGACGCUCCGCGACCAGCUGGAGAAGAACGAGAGGCAGCUCGUCGAGAUGCGCGAGGCUCACUCCAUCCAGGAGGAGGCCCUGACGUCGGAGCUCGCGGCCCUCCGGAAGUCGUCCAAGGAAAACCCGACGGUCGUGGCGGGCGAUUCGUCCAAGGCGGCGGCGAACGAACCCUCGCGAGAGCAUGACGAAACGGUGGCCAGGCUGCGGAGCGAACUGGGCAACUGGGAAGGCAAUCACAAGACCGUCGUCGACGCGAUGCGAGCCACCGAGGCCGGCCUUUGCCGCACCGUCGAGAAGCUCGAGGCCGAGAUCGCCGCCCUCUGCGCAGCCAUGUCCGGCGCGGAGACGGAGGCGAGCGCCGACGGAGGCGAGACGGCGUCGGAGUCGGAGCUGAAGCGCCAAGGCCUCGUCCGUUUCCUUCGCAACGAGAUUGACGAGUACAAGGCCGUCAUCAACGGCAACGCGACCAAGGUGACGGAGCUGGAGACGGCCCACGCUGCCACCAAGGCUGAGCUGGCGAGCAUGACCGCGGCGCAUGGCGAUGCGCUUCAGGAAGCCGCUCGUCUCAAGGAGAUGACUGCCAAGAUGGAGGAGCAGAUUGCCGCUUACGAGGAGGCGGCCGGGAAGCAGCGGGAAACGCUGGCGAAACUUGCGUCGGACCACGCCGACGACACGGCAUGGAAGGCUCGCGAGCUGCAGAAUCACGAGAAGCAAGUCGAGCUUCUCAAGGCGGAGCACGCCGAGUCGAUUCGGACGACGGAGACGGCGCUGCGACAAGCGACGGACGAGCUGACCAAGGUUGCGACGCAGCUGUCGCUUGCCGUGGGCGCCGAAGUCGAGGCCGACAAGCUCGCGGAGCAAAUCGACAAGCUGGCCGCCGCGCAGAGGUGCCUGGCCGAGGAGCGCAUCAAGGCGGCCGAGAUGACGACGCAGGUGGCCGAGCUGACCAGCAUCAACGGCACGAUGACGCGCGACCUCGAGGCGGCCAAGGCCGAGCUGGCCGGCAUGCUCGUCGAGCAGGAGGGGGCGUCGCUCGCGUCGCUCGCGGACCAGCUGGCGGCCGUCAAGAGCAGAAUGUCGGACCUCGAGGCCAAGAACAAGAAGAACAGCCGGCUCAUCGAGGAGCUCGAGGAGCAGCUGCAGCACAACUUUGACGAGGCGCAGAUAACGAACAACCGGCUGAGCACGCUGCAGACGGAGCGCAACGCGCAGCUCGAGGAGGCCCUGUCGGCUCGGUCGAAGCUCCAGACGGAGCUCGACGCGGUCCGCGAGGAGCACGCCUCCCUGCAGGUGAGCGGCCAGAGGGGUGUCGAGAGGGCGGCGAGCGGGCAUCGGCUGACAGGCUCGCAGACCAAGUAUCAGGAGGUUGCCGGCCCGGACGAGGUAAGGCGAUCGAACUCGACGACGACGAUCCGCCGGAGUCCGUCCCACCCGUCCCUGCCGUCGCCGCCGCCGGCGAUCCCCCUGCCGCCGCUGCCCAGCGCCGCGACGAGAAGCGCGUCGCCGACGAACGGACCGGUGCCCUCGCCCACGUCGACGCUCGCCCCGGGCAGGGACAACGCGGGCGCGACGCAGGCGACGGAGGAUCAGGAGGUCAGGAUUCGGGCCAUCGAGAAGGCCCUCUACGCCGAGCGGCAGCUGACGCAGACGCUCGAGGAGGCGCUCACGGACCUCGAGAAGCAGUCGAACAAGGUCAAGGCCGACGGCGACGCGUGGAGGAGGCGGGCGACGGAGCUCGAGGGCGAGAUCAAGGAGCUCAAGGACCGUCCGGCGGCCGGGUCGCCGCAGGACAACCGCUGGAGCAUCCACGCCGUCGAGGAGGAGCGCAAGAAGCGGCAGGCGGCCGAGGCGGCGAGGAAGCAGCUCGAGGAGAGGAUGAACGCCAUCAGCAAGAGCAAGAAGAAGAAGGGCAGUCUCAACUGCUUCUAG